AUGGCACCCAAAAACCGCUCUCCAACCCCAACUCCAACUCCAACUCCAUCGAAAUCCUCUCCCAAGUCCUCUUCCAAAUCCUCCAAAUCCUCAAAGGCCUCCUCAUCCUCAUCCUCAUCCUCAUCCUCUUCCUGGACCAAAACUCUCACCACAAGCGCCAUCCUCCUCGCUCUAUUCUCAGCCAUCUACUUUUAUCUCGACUCGCAGCUUGAGCGGUUUUACAUCUUCUCGCCAGCGCAACUGCAUGACCUCUCUGUGCGGGCGAUUGCCGCUCAUGGCAACGACACCAAGAGCGUGGUGAGCUACAUUGUGGGGGAGUUGAGCGAGAAGCUGCCGGGCGGGUACGUGAAUCUGGACGAGGAAUGGAUUUUUAACAAUGCCGGGGGUGCCAUGGGGGCAAUGUACAUUAUCCAUGCUAGUAUCACCGAAUACCUCAUCAUAUUCGGCACCGCCAUCGGUACAGAAGGCCAUACCGGCCGCCACACUGCCGACGACUACUUCCACAUCCUCGCCGGCACCCAGCUUGCCUACUUGCCGGGCUCCUAUGAGCCUGAGAUCUACCCCCAGGGCAGCGUGCAUCAUCUCCAGCGUGGUACCGUCAAGCAGUACAAGAUGGAUGAGGCGUGCUUUGCCCUCGAGUACGCGAGAGGGUGGAUCCCACCUAUGCUCGGCUUUGGGUAUGCAGAUACUCUUACCAGCACCCUGGACUUCCCGACGCUGUGGAGGACGACGUGGGUCACCGGCCGGGAGAUGAUUGCGAAUCUCCUGAGGGGAAAGCUCCACUGUCAUCCAGGACUCUCAAGACUCCAAGACGAAGAGCAAGAGCAAGAGCAACAUGGAGACUGGAUAGCAACAGCACCAGCGCUGACGUUAAAGCCUGAAGAUGAUGAAAAAACGCCUCAUUCACACACACAUACACACACACCAAGAUCUCACUCACCACGUCUCCUCUUCUCGAUCUCGAUAUCCGUGCCAGGCAUGCAAGCAGCACGCAAGGAUAUCAGUCUUCGCGAGAUCUCCUCCCCAUCGUCUCCUUCGCGGAGUCAUAUUCCAUCUGCGAAACCGCGAUGGCGUCUCAUCUUAUGUCAUCUGGUCCCGAAACCGGAAACCGAAACUGAUAUCAACAAAUCUUCAGAUUUGAGACUCCAAACCGAUGCUAUCGUAGCGAAGAAAAUUAUAUCGUAUCAUCAGAAGACCAUCCAUCAUCCGAAAAGCCAUAAUAUAAUAAAUAUAUACACCGAAUAA